CAGCGCAGAGCUGCGGAGGGCGGCGAUCGGAGCGGACGUUCUUUUCUCGUCUGCCUCUUCCUCCUCCUCCUCUUCUUCCUCGCCCGACAUGGCGGUGGACGUCAGGCGGUUGGAGGGCCUGAGCCUUCACCAGCUCAACGAGCUCCUGGAAGACGAGGAGCAGCUCCAGAACAUGGCCCUGGAGAUGGAGGAGGCCCAAAAUGUUCAGCUUGGCAAAGAUAUGACUCUCGCCAGUAACCACAGCCUAGCAGAAGGAAAUCUCUUAUACCAGCCAAAAUUAGAUGCCCUGAAAGCCAGGUUAACCCAAAAGUAUCAAGAGCUACAGGUUCUCUUCGAAGAGUAUCAGAUAAAGAAAACCAAGCUAGACAGACAAUCCAAUAACGCUUCGCUGGAGACCCUCCUUGCACUUCUCCAGACUGAGGGAGCCAAAAUUGAAGAAGACACUGAGAACAUGGCCGAGAAGUUUCUGGACGGCGAAGUUCCUCUGGACACCUUCAUCGACGAAUAUCAGAGCCAAAGGAAAUUGGCUCACCUCCGGCGGGUCAAAAUAGAGAAACUCCAAGAGGUGGUACUGAAAGGACCCCGGCGGCCCCCGGUCCCCCCUCCACCCGUGCUUCAGACUUCAGAGGCCAACACGCCUCCUUCGGUUAUGCCUCGCCGUAACCCUCCCCCUCCCCCUCCGGCAUCCGUGGUCCCGACAGGACGUUUCCCGACCCCAUUUUUGGCAGCCAUAGGCCAUAGUCCGUAUCCAUAUCCUCCACUUCCCCCGAGAACGGGGGCUCCACUGCCGCCGGGCCAAGGGCCGUCGCCAGGUUACCCGAAUCCCUUCCUGCCGCUGUACCCGUCCACGCCGCCUCAGAGGCCCCCACCUCGCCUCCCUCACAACCCCGGUUUUAUCAUGGAAUGAAAACGCCACCGAGUCGUGACUCUCGUACACUGGUGCUGACCUUUACGAUCCUUAAAAGCUGGAAACCCAACCGAAGUUGUGGGAAAUCAACAGGGCUCCACGAACAAAGGAAACCGUUGGGGGAUUCUGUAGAUACCACCGGUUUUUGGUCCUUUCUUUUUUCUUUAAAGAGAAAAUCGGCGUCUUCACCGAGGUUUUCCUCGAAAGGCGUCAACCCAGUGUAGAAUUGGCGAAAUGCUUCCAUUGCAGACUUGCCUUGUUCUUCCAAGGAGAAUCCAGCCAUUGUGGCAUGAAGGCCACUUCCCAGGAGAUCUGAAGUUCUUUUUAUUCCUUGAUUUGGAAAGAAAAAAAAAAAUCCCAGAAACGAAACCCCGUUCUAAUCCCGGGACGGUAGCUUUUGAGUAUAUAUGUUCUGCGAACAGACUCUCACCAAAAUGGCAAUACAGAGAUUCGUGCUGGUAGCACAGAAAAGACGUUUAGGAGCUAGUGAGCUUGUGGUUCUGAGUUAGCAAAUUUUUGUGUUAGCUGCAGUUGGGGGUGUGUGUGUGAGUUUGUUUCCCCACUAACGUAAUCCAAUCCAUUUGAGCAACAGGCUGCCAAUUUUCAGUGGACGAGGGUGGGAAAAAUCAGCUAUUUGUACCCAAAUCAGCUAUUUGUACCCGUGAAAACCUCAGGAUGUAAAAAAAUAGCAAAUGGGGCUUUAGAUCUCUGCUCUUGAUGAGGGUAAGUCAGGAAUAUACAAUCCUGUGCCACUGGAGCAAAUAUUGUCCUUCUGCUAUUUGUACCUCUUUUCACCCUACAUCCAUUCACGACUUCUUGCUUGCGGUGAGGGUUGUGUGUCUCUGACAUAUUUUCCUAGCAGGGUUCUAGAAAGUCUUGGCUUUUAAUGGGUCUGCGAAUCCAGAAAUACUCAAGGGUCCAAGCUUGACUUAAUGCCUGUCUCUAUCUUAGCCAAUUAGUUCCUCCAGCUUUAUAUUCCCAUUCCUUAAUCCUAAACCAAAGUUACCCUAUAUCUGGAAACCUCAUGUCUACUUCAGACUGGGGCAAAAAAAUGUCUCUUUUUUUUUUCCCCUUCACCUUGCCUCUUCUUACAAAUCAUUUGUAUGCUUCAGAAACUAUGCUCUUCCAAAACAAACAAACAAAAAAGGAAUCUCUCAAGGUGAAGAGGUUAUUGGCUUUUUUAAAAAAGAAAAUCAGGUAUAUAACCUGGUGUGAAAAAUUCACAUGUUCAGAAAAACAGGUUGCUAAUCGUGUUUCCUAGUUAACCGGAGCAUCCAUCUCUGAGCUAGUGUCUUAAAGCUUUAUCUCUCUGGCUGAUUAGCAGCAGAGUUCUACAUGAGACCUGUUCUUAAAUGGGUUAGUUUUUAUAUACAUGUAUAUGUCAUCCAACACUUCCCUGUAAUUGGUGCUGCCAUAAUCAUGUUUGCAAAGAAAAAAAAAAGAGGGGGGCAGCUUCACACUGAAAGGUAUUUGAAGAGGGUGAUAACAAGGGGUAGAGAGUGCUGUGAGAAACAAGUGUGAAGUUGUGAGAACACUGUAUCCAUUGUCAGGUUCUGUUGCCAGUUUGAUUUUCUGCUAAUGCAGAAAGUCCUCUGAUUUAUCUUUCUGGAAGAACCCAGAGACCUUGAUGCAUCCAUUCCAGCUUUUUUUUUCUCCUGCUUGUUUCGUUCUGUCACUUCUUAGGACUCUCUAAUUCCUGUCCCCUUCAUGGCGACUGAAGCUAAUUUACCAUGUUUACUUCACUAUAUCCUGGUUUGUCACACCACAUCCGUGGCUCUUCUGAGUACUUUUUCUAAGUGAUUCCAGAAUACCUGUUUUAGAGCAUCAGCUUAGGUUGAAAGCUUAAACAAAAUUUGGGUUAUACUCUUUUGUCAUUAAUCAAGCCGUUCUACGCUUGUAAAGCCAGGUGCAAAAUGCCAUUUUAGAGGGCAGAUUUCCUUUUCUUGGGCUAGAAUGAUCCUUCUAAAUUCAAAAUGUUGAGAUUUUCUCUGCCAAGACUGGAAGCUCCAAGCCAACCAGAGCCUGCUCUAUGACUUAAUUCAGCCCCUGAAGAUGUGGGCAAUUGUGAAAAAAAGUAGGAAAGUAUUUCUGUUCCUUAAAAAGAUGGUAAAGGUGUGCAAGUAUCACUCAGCACUCACAGUAUCUCUCGCUUUGUUUCUCCGCAACGUGAGCUGCAUGUGAGGCACGCAAAGCUUCUAAUUCCAGAGCGGCUCUGCAAAUUGAUUCCCUCCAGGGAGCCUGCCCCUACACGUCCUACACAAAGUUGCUCCUAACAGGGACAGUCCUUGGAGGGGCUGGGGUGCCCCAAAAGACGUCUGAUGCUGGGAAAACCACCUCCAGGAUCUGCCAUUGGAGAGAAUCAUAAGCCGAAGCUUCAGGAACCGUUUUCGGAUGUGUCUCAACCAGUUGGGUGCGCUUGAGCAGAUGAGUCAUGUGCCUUUUGAGCUUUGGGUGGCUUGCAAAAUUCUCAGAGUCCUGGCAGUUUAAGUUGCAAAGACAAGUCUUGAUGCCAUUUGCAUUCGUCUUUCAGGGUGUCGCACAAUCACGCUUUUUUUUUUUUUUUUAAUGGAAUCGAGGCCUUGAGGCACCCAUUUCUCAGCAUUUCUCGGUUGUGACUUCCCACCUCUUUCCUUUUUUUUUUAAUUGAGAAAAAGGCGUGACUCAAAAGUCUCUCUGUCAUGCAUCUUUUGUUCUUCUAGCACUGCAGAUUAGCAACAUUAAUUGGAUGUUUCUCCAACGUUAGAAGAGCGUCUAGUUUUUAAGAAGAAAUGUCCCUUGUGUAGCCGAUGCAGCAAGAUACAUUUACAGACAACUGGUCAGAUCCUGGAGGCGUUCUCAGGUGCUUAAUGUCUCAAGGAUCACACAUGCUCAAUUCCAGUUCUCGCACAUCAGCAGCAAGAAUGUCUGAAUUUCCCAAGGAAAGGAGAAUGACGCCCAUGUGUGAAUUUUACAGAUCCUUUUCUUGCUCUCCGAUGUGACUCUGAUCAUAGUGUUCCUGUUAAGACAGUCUCUUCCUCCUUCCCAAAAUAUGUGCUACUCGUUUACUUUCCAAACAAUAUAAUCAUUGUGCAGAGAGACUUUGGCAGAGGCUGCUACAGCUGUGAUGCGCCUAAAUUUUGUAUGGCACGUUAACGCUGGGCAAAGGGCUAACCCGUGCCUUAGAACCACUGGGUGGAAUUUUGUCAGGAAGAAAUUCCUUUUACAGUUCCUCUUUCUCAUGUGGAGAGUUUGGGAGGAAAUGGGUGAUGGUAUCCAUUUGUCUAGGGUAGGAAAGGCAGAUCUUUGGUUUUUGCUGAAAGGGUUUUUUAUCAGAGAAAGAGUUUGGUCUCGUGGUAGGAGUUUUUCAAGCUGGUUGGGAGAUCUAGAGGAAAGGCCACAUUAAAUCAGGGUGGCAAUCUUUUGGCCCCAGGGCUGUGCAAAACUAAACAAUAAUAAUAAUUGGAGCUUGGGCCGAGAUUGAAGCUGGUGAAGGUCCUUUCUAAUUGCAGGUAUUCCUGCUUACAUUAAUGUUAAAGGGCUGCUUGAAAAAUAUUAGGAGACGAACGGAUCUUCGGCUCUUGCUUAAUGAAGGCGAGAAAAGCUGUCGAGCCAGAAUCUGUGAGUUUUGGAGAAAAAAAUGGAAACCCAAAUGCCAGCGGAGAUCGUAGGGAUGGUACAGAGAUUGUUGCAAAUAGGUUGCUCCCUCUAUUUUUUGCUCCGUAGGUUUACACCAGCAACUAGCCACUUUUUGCAGGUAAUCAAGAUGUGAUGGACAGAAGCAUCAAGCAGACUUUUCUCCAGUGGUCAUUCCGUCUAGGAACUGAUUGUCAAGAGCAAUAGGCCAGUAUUAGUGAAGUACUUCAGCCUUACCACUUCCAGGACCUGGUGAUGACUUUAAGCUACCUUCAAAGACAUUGUUCUUAAACACAGAACCAGCCACACUGCUUCCGGAAAGCAGUUUCAACAGCCUAACGCAGAAUUAUUUCCUCUUUGUGCUCAGGGUGGAAAGUUACUCACUUUUGAUAGGAAGGUUUGCAAUAGUUUUGUUUACGCGAGUCCUGUUUUUAAAGCGGCCCUUUAAAAAAAAUAGCCAACUGCAUUUGAAGCAUAAGAAGCCAUGUUUUCCCUAACGGGAUUAUCCAAAAGGAAAAUAGCUGCAAUUUUAUACUGUGGUCUUAAUUGCCCCUUUUUUUUUCUACAAAAGUAUACAACUGGAGAGAGAAGUUUGUGGCGGUAUGGAAUGUCUCGGUAAUCUGGGCUGGCGUUAGCAGUGGCCUUUAUCUUGAUUAGUAUUUGCAUUGUGGAAAAGCGUGUACAGAUUUUGUUGGUUAGCCUUUAUUCCAGCAUCAGAUCUGCAGACCACACCUGUAUCACACCUGUUCAACUUGGUUGUACAACUUUAAGAUUGUGAUCUCAAGACCAGCCUCCGAGCUGACAGUUGUUCCCUUUUUCUUGUAGAAUUGCUGUUUUAUAGAAACAAAUUUUGGGGUUGCAGUGAUUACUCAUUAAAAGAAAAUCCUAAAUUUUGUACAAA